GCCCGGAUCACCACUCGUCUCCAGCAGUAUCGGGCCAAAGCAGAACUCUCCAGAAACACCCGUCCUCAGGCCUGGGUUCCUCGAGAGAAGCUGCCGCGACCUUUGACCUCCAGUGCCUCGGCCAUCAGGAAACUGAUGAGGAAGGCGGAGCUUAUGGGCAUCAGCACCGACAUCUUCCCCGUGGACACGUCGGAUGCUAAUGCUAGCAUGGACGGCCGCAGGAAACACAAGCAACCUGCGCUCACUGCGGACUUUGUGAACUACUACAUGGAGCGGAACAUGCGCAUGAUCCAGAUCCAGGACAACAUCUCGGAGCAGAAGAGCCUGAAAGACAAGCUGGAGAGCGAGCAGGAGAAACUGCAUGUGGAGUACAACAAGCUGUGUGAGUCUCUGGAGGAGCUGCUGAAUGUGAACGGAGAUCUGCGCAGUGAAGGCCAGGCCGUGUGGACUCUGCUGGGGGACAUCAUGGGACAGAAACUGAACACCCCUGCUGUUCUGAAAGCCCCAAAGGAAAGGAAGCCCAGCAAGAAGGAGGGAGGAACAACAGGGAAGGCCUCCAGCCUGCCAGCUAUACUCUACAGUUGUGGCAUCUGUAAGAAGAACCAGGACCAACACCUGCUGGUUCUGUGUGACACCUGCAAGCUGUACUACCACCUGGGCUGCCUGGAGCCCCCUCUCACACGCAUGCCCAAGAAGACCAAGAACAGCUACUGGCAAUGCUCCGAGUGCGACCAGGCCAGCAGCGACGAGGCUGACAUCGCCAUGGAAACGCUGCCGGACGGCACCAAGAGGUCGCGGCGGCAAAUCAAAGGACCAAUCAAAUUCAUCCCUCAGGAGAUGUCCCCGGAGCCCAAGAAGCAUCAGAGAACCAGAGGUCAGAAGAGGAAAAGAGUUGCUAUCGGCGACGACAGAGACGAUAAAACUGAGGAACCGAUGCCACGGGAACGCCGGCAGAGACAGUCGGCGCUACAGAAAAAACCGAAAGCGGACGACACGAGGACCGAAUGCACGAGCUGCAGCGGGCCGGGAGACAACGAGAACCUCGUCAGGUUGUGAGAGCCGGGGCAGAUCCUCCCCUCCCAUUGGCUUAGAGACAGAGAGAGGGACACAAAAUGAGUCACGAGACGUCACCAAACAUCGCCCGACACCAAACAUCGCCGUAAAAGAUUCCAAACAUCGCCCAACGAACACUGAACGCACCGCGGGAGGUCCUGAGACCGCUGGACUCUUAACGAGGAACUUUUUGUCAACAGAUGUACUCGAGUUACUGCAUCUCAAACGUGUUUGACCAAUUUAGAAAUGAGUCAUGUAUGUAUUAAACCACAAGUAACCAACGCUAGUUAGAGUAGAGUUAGACAAAAACAAUGGACUAAAGGGACAGAUGAUGGAUGCAACUACUAGAAACCGCCUUUGAGUGUUUUUGUCAACACAUGUAGCUCAAGUUGUUUUCAUCUCAAACGUUUUUGACCAAUUUAGAAAUGAGUCAUGUAUGUAUGUAGUAAACCACAAAUAACCAACGUUAGUUUGGGUAGAAUUAGACAAAAAGGUCAAAUGAUGGAUGCAACAGUUUGAAAGAGAGUCCUGGUGUCUGUACUUUUUUCAUGUGAUGUGUUUACGUAAGAAAUAGCAUGUUAGACGGUGAGGGACCCAUCAGCUAUGGAGUGAAAUCACUAAGAUGAUUAGUAUACCCUGAAAGAGUCAUAGAGACCACUGAGGAUGCACCGGAGAAGCAGCUUUCUAAUGUGACGUUUGAGGGGUAUAGGUUUGUCCAAUGUUUCUCCUUUGCUAGAAACUGAAUGAAGGACUUGAAGCUUGAGAAAGGUCAGAAACACACCGCCCAACGAACACUGAAGGUGGAGGUCCUGAAACCGCUGGACUCUUAACGAGGAACCGUCUUUUUGUCAACAGAUGUAGCUCGAGUUACUGCAUCUCAAACGUUAUUAAGACAUGAGUCAUGUAUGUAUGUAUUAGACCACAAGUAACCAACGCUAGUUAGGGUAGAAUUACACAAAAACAAUGGACUAAAGGGACAGAUGAUGGAUGCAACUACUAGAAACCGACUUUGAGUGUUGUUGUCAACAGAUGUAGCUCAAGUUGUUUUCAUCUCAAACGUUUGACCAAUUUAGAAGUGAGUCAUGUAUGUAGUAAACCACAAAUAACCAACGUUAGUUAGGGUAUAAUUAGACAAAAAGGUCAAAAGAUGGAUGCAACAGUCCCAAAACGACUUUGUAAGAGUGUCUUUACUUUUUUCAUGUGAUGUGUUUACAUUAGGAAUAGCAUGUUAGACGAUGAGGGACCCAUUUGCUUUGGAGUGGAAAUCACUAAGCUGAUUAUUAGAGCCAUAAAGACCACUGAGGAAGCACCGAUUUCCACCAAGAAGCAGCUUUCUAAUGUCACGUUUGAGGGGUAUAGGUUUGUCCAAUGUUUCUCCGUUGCUAGAAACUGAAUGAAGGACUUGAAGCUUGAGAAAGGUCAGAAACAUACCGCCCAACGAACACUGAACGCACCGGGAGGUCCUGAAACCACUGGACUCUUAACGAGGAACCUCCUUUUGAGUUGUUUUGUCAACAAGUCGAGUUGUCUGCAUCUCAAACGUUAUUUGACCAAUUUAGAAAUGAGUUAUGUAUGUAUGUAUUAAACCACACAUAACCAACGCUAGUUAUGGUAGAAUUAGACACAAUGGACUAAAAGGUCAAAUGAUGGAUGCAACUGUCCGAAACGACUUUGUGAGAGAGUCCUGGUGUCUUUACUUUAUAUCGUGAUGUGUUUACAUUAGAAAUAGCAUGUUAGACGGUGAGGGACUCAUUUGCUUUGGAGUGGAAAUCACUAAGAUGAUUAGCAAUGAAAGAGCCAUGAAGACCACUAAGGAAGCAGCUUUCUACCAAGAAACAGCUUUCUAAUGUGACGUUUGAGGGGUUUAGGUUUGUCCAAUGUUUCUCCGUUGCUAGAAACUGAAUGGAGGACUUGAAGCCUGUAAAACGUGCUGCUAAAACGUGCUCUCUAACCUAUGGAGCCUUGAAGACCACUGAAGGUGAACGAGAAGAAUCAGCUUUCUUGAACAAGCUCAGAUCCCCCUAAAGUAUUGUGUUAAAUGCGACAUCUAAAAGUAGUGAGUUCCUCCAACGUCUCUCCAUUGCUAGAAACUGAGUUGAAGACUUUUAGCUUGACAAGCGUCAGACUCGUAGCUGAUUUAUCGUCUUCUGAUAACGCCUCUCUAAGCCUAAUGAGCCUUGAAGAUCACUGAAGAUGAACCGUUAUCCACGAAGAGCAGCUUUCUAAAAAAAACCUGCAUAAUUCCCCUUUUUCAGGAGCCUUAAGAUUGUGUUGAACUCGAUGUUUGACGGUUUGCAGUUCGCCAACGUUUCACCAUUACUGGAAAUUGAUCUUUAGCUGUCAGAAUUGUCCAGAUACAAAACGUGCUCUCUGUGUCUAAUGAGCCUUGAAAACCACUGAAGAAGAACCGUUUUCCACGAAGAAGCAGUUUUCUAAAAAGCUAAAACUCCCUUUUUACAAGAUCUUAAAGAUUGUGUUGAAAUCUGAUGUUUGGCGGGUUAUAAGUUCGUCUAAAGUCUCUCCAUUUCUAGAAACUGGUAGAAGAACUUUUAGUUUGGAAAGACAUCCUGAAGCAUUGCUUUUUUAUUGUCGUCUGACAUGUAUUUUAAUUACUUUAAAUCAACUUUUUUUAAUGGCUGGGUUUUCUGCACUCUUAACCUCUCCAUCAGAACCAAUCACUAUUGACUGAUCUGCCAUCCAAUCAUUUCAGUGUCAAUUGGGUUAAUUAGAAACACUCGAACAAAAAGCUCGACCAGAUUUGAUUGUUGUGUUUGUGUUUUAAGGACAAGGAAAGUGUUUGUGUAUAGAACAGCCAACUCAGUAAAUGAAUGCUACCGUUUAGCAUCUGUAGUUUAGUUAGAGGUAAUAGUUCUUAGAUUUUAGAAGUCUUUCUCUGUUUAGUGGUGACAGCUAAACUGAAAGGUCGUCAUAAGGAAGUCCAGUUCUGUCUGAGCUUUUAAACCAGUUCUGUCUCUUGAGCUUUUAAACCAGUUCUGUUCCUGAGCUUUUAAACCAGUUCUGUCUCUGAGCUUUCAGACCAGUUCUGUCUCUUGAGCUUUUAAACCAGUUCUGUUCCUGAGCUUUUAAACCAGUUCUGUCUCUGAGCUUUCAGACCAGUUCUGUUCCUGAGCUUUCAGACCAGUUCUGUUCCUGAGCUUUUAAACCAGUUCUGUCUCUUGAGCUUUUAGACCAGUUCUGUUCCUGAGCUUUCAGACCAGUUCUGUUCCUGAGCUUUUAGACCAGUUCUGUCUCUUGAGCUUUCAGACCAGUUCUGUUCCUGAGCUUUUAAACCAGUUCUGUCGCUGAGCUUUCAGACCAGUUCUGUUCCUGAGCUUUUAAACCAGUUCUGUCUCUGAGCUUUCAGACCAGUUCUGUUCCUGAGCUUUUAAACCAGUUCUGUCGCUGAGCUUUCAGACCAGUUCUGUUCCUGAGCUUUUAAACCAGUUCUGUCUCUUGAGCUUUUAAACCAGUUCUGUCUCUUGAGCUUUUAGACCAGUUCUGUCUCUGAGCUUUUAGACCAGUUCUGUCUCUGAGCUUUCAGACCAGUGUUGUUCCUGAGCUUUUAGACCAGUUCUGUUUCUGAGCUUUCAGACCAGUUCUGUCUCUUGAGCUUUUAGACCAGUUCUGUCUCCGAGCUUUCAGACCAGUUCUGUUUCGGUCCGGACUCCAGAGAAACUCCCUCCUCAUGCAUGGCUGUAUCUAUUUAACCUGUACAGUAAAUUACAUGUGUCCAAAUGUAGAGUCUGAAUGCCAGGUAGUGACGUUGUGUGUACAGUAUUUAUUGAAGAGGCCAUGUACUUUUUCGUGCCUACAAACGUGAUUUAUAUCUCAUGGUGUUGAGUUGAACUCUGAUUUUUUUUAAUGCAUUAUUAAAUGUUCUUUUAAUUGCCAAA